UCUUCCCUUUCCAGACUGGGCUUAACUGCGGUUUUGACCUCGUAUGGGACUCCUCAGCGCUCUCAGCAGGACCCGAACCCGGGUGGUUCAGAGUACAAUUUCAACAUGUUACCUCCACUCGAGUUCGAAUCCCGCUGGGGGCGUUGUUGA